GGAGCGGGACGCGUGCGUGUUACCCGCCGAAAGUUUGUCGCGAACGCGUUGUGAACUAUUUUUACUAUGGUAACAUUGAUUAUUACGAGAUAUACUUUUUAUUUAAAAUAAAUGGUACAAGUUUCGACGAAUUUAACGUAUAUGUGAAUGAAUGCUUUUCGCAGAUGUGCCUCGCGGUCAGAACUUCGAUUUCAAAUCCCAGCUGAUACGGGCGAAAUUGAAUUCAGGCUGGAAUAAUGUUGAAGAGCUUUUGAAGUAGUAGUAGAAAUUAAAAAUAUAACGAAAUAUUGAAAAGGAACACGUUUGAUAGUCGCGGCAGUCGCGCAGGCGGCGCCGCGUUGUUUGGUUGUGGCUCGUAGGCGCUGCUGGUGCGGCUGGUGGGCGGUGGCGAGCGCGGGUGCAGCAAGCGCACAGCGCAGCCCCCUCGGCUGGGCUAUGGGCAGCUCACAGCGAAUAGCCGCAGUGGCGGCCGUAUCCCACGCUAAACAUUACUACAACCACACCCGACCUGAUGUCGCACAGACCUCUGAGGCGACACAUUAUACCGUCAAUAUAUUUUUUGUAAGUGCAACUUUAUGUGGCGUGUUGGUGGCGGUGUGCGCGGCGUGCUGGCGUCGCUCUGCACCGACCGACAAGCCGGAAGAUGUCACAGAGUGUGGAGUGUACACCGUCAGCGCUGACGCGAGGCUGGGGCAGCAAUUCCUUGACGAAAUGCCCGGGCCCCCGCCGGCGUAUGAGACGGUCGUCGAGGGACCAUCAGUGAUUAAAGAAGACAUUCUACAGGAAGUAUUAUCGGAGCCGUGUUCAAAAUGCAAGCCGACAAAAGGCGAUAGUGGUCUACCAUCAUACGAGGCGGCAGUGCUACUACGUGAUACUAAAUUAUAAUAAAUACUUGCUUCAGACCUAUUGUCCCUGAAUACCAACGCUACUUAUGACCAAAAUAAUAUUAGGUAUAUAUUUAUUAAUUGGAGCCAUGCUUGUGAUCAUUUAUGCGAUAAAUAAAUAUAAUUAAAGAAACAUAAUCAUAUUAUUAUAAAUCAGAGGAUUUAUUUCAAUGAUUUCCUAUAGAGCGGAAUUAAUAUUUGUGACGCAAUAGUUUCGAACUAUUCAAUAAUUGUUCAGAUUGUUGAAAACAAGUGAUUUUAUUAAUAUUGCUACAUAUUGUAUUGUUUUUCUUUGGA